GUGCACGUGUUCUCUUAUCCUCUUUCUCCAUCGUCCAUGCCAUACUCUUUUCAUAAAAAAGCAAAAAAUAAAAAACAAAGCAAAGCACUAUCCAUUCCAUUCCACGUUCCAAGCUAAGAUCUGGGCUUUGGCUUAAAGGAAUAUUCCGUGGGGUGAUCAUAGUUUUUACCCUGUUCUUAUGAUGGGUGACUCAGAGGUGGCAAAGUUCGGCUUAAAAGUCGGGAAGAAUGAGAAAAAUGGGUUCCCAAGGGGACUAGAUCCUGCAAUAUCCAAGUUUUUUGUGCAGCUCCAAAGUGUUGUUAAGUCACGACUUAGUAGAUUAGCAAAACAGGAUGGAAUGAGUUUGAUGAGUUCUGUCCAAAGAAAAGGGGAUAAGUCUUUCAGUUACUCUGAAGCUGAACUAAAUGAGCAACUGCAAGCAUGGAGAGAAAAUCCAUCUUGGGUUGACAAGCCUCCACUAAUAAAGGUCACUGCUCCCAAAGGUUCUCUUUGCAACCUUGAUGUAGAAGUUGAUGUUGGCCUACCCCCUGAUGCAGUAUAUAAUAUAGUGAUAGAUCCUGACAAUAGGAGAGUUUUCAAAAAUAUCAAAGAAGUGGUAUCCAGAAAAGUAUUGGUUGAUGAGGGUCAUAGGCAAGUGGUUGAUCUUGACCAAGCAGCCAUUUGGAAAUUUCUUUGGUGGUCUGGGACUAUAUCAAUCAAUGUUUUGGUAGAUCAAAACAGAAAAGACCAUUCUAUGAAGUUCAAGCAAACCAAGGCUGGAUUCAUGAAAAAAUUUGAGGGCUGCUGGAGAGUAGAGCCUUUAUUUGUUGACGAAGCAAUGUGCCAUCCCUUUAAGCCAGUGACAAAGGAAGACUAUUAUGCAUGUGCAAGAGGCAAAGGAAGAAUUGGAUCUAAAGUUAGCCUGAAACAAACACUUCAGCCAUCCAUUGUCCCUCCCCCUCCCCUAUCAUGGUAUUUGAGGGGAAUUACCGCCCGGACGACUGAGAUGCUUAUAAAUGAUAUGCUUGCAGAAACUGCUAGAAUCAGAGGAGGAUAUGAGGCUGAAAAGUCUAAGGCAGAGGAGCUUCAGGGAAAACCUGGUGAAAAUGUGGACCUGGUUUCUAACACAAGUGACAUUAAAGAAAGAUGGAAAUUGCGUAGAGAAAAUGCAAAGCAUAGUCAUAGAAGACUGCUGACCAAGUGAUAUUCCUAUGUUUGUUUUAUUUUUUCAGCAAUCUAUCUAGAUUGUUACAUGUAGUCCAGUUUAAAGGAUUCUAAUGUAUGCAUUACACAAUGUUAAAGUCACUAAUUCCAGCUCAUUGCAUGACAUUUCAGUCGGAUGAGUUGAUGUAUCCAAUAGCAUAGCAAGAGGGAAACAUUGCAGUUCUUUUCA